AUGAGAGUCGAGGAACUAAUUAUUGAUGGUUUUAAAUCAUAUGCAACAAGAACUGUUAUUUCAGAUUGGGACCCACAGUUUAAUGCUAUUACAGGGCUGAAUGGUUCUGGUAAAUCGAACAUUUUGGAUGCGAUCUGCUUUGUACUUGGUAUUUCAAGCAUGAGCACUGUGAGAGCAUCCAACAUCCAAGAUUUAAUUUAUAAAAGAGGUCAGGCAGGUGUCACUAAGGCAAGUGUCACGAUUGUAUUCGAUAAUUCAGAUAAAUCUAAGUCUCCCAUUGGGUUUACCGAGUCGCACAAAAUUUCAGUGACUAGACAAAUUGUGCUUGGUGGCACUUCAAAGUAUUUAAUUAAUGGUCAUAGGGCUCCACAACAAAGUGUUUUACAAUUAUUCCAAUCUGUUCAAUUAAACAUUAAUAAUCCUAAUUUUUUAAUUAUGCAAGGUAAAAUUACAAAAGUGUUAAAUAUGAAACCUAAAGAAAUUUUAUCACUAAUCGAAGAAGCAGCGGGAACCAAAAUGUUCGAAGAUAGAAAAGAGAAGGCUGAAAGAACUAUGGCUAGAAAGGAAGUUAAAUUACAAGAGAAUACUACUUUAUUGCAAGAGGAAAUUCAGCCCAAGUUAGAUAAAUUAAAGACAGAAAAGAGAGCUUUUUUAGAUUUUCAAACUAUACAAACUGAUUUAGAGAAGAUAACAAAAGUCGUUGCUGCAUAUAAUUACAAAUUCUUUAAGGAUACAUCUGAUAAAAACUCUGAUAAUAUAUCUAUUUAUUCAGAAAAGAAAAAAAGACUGGAAGAUGACAUUCAUGUGGCAAUGAAGAGAUUAGAAAGUUUAAAAGAAGAAGUUGAAAAGAUCAAAAGACAGAAGAAAGAAGAAUUAGAAAAAGAUGGCACAUUGUCUAAAUAUGAAAAGGCUGAAACUGAUUUAAUUAAUGGCAUUUCUAGGAUAAAGGCUUCAGAGGCUAUAGUCAGUCAAAAUGUGAGGGAAGUAAAUAAUACCUUGAAAAGACUGCAACUAAAUCAUACUAAGUUAAUAAAAGAUAUUGAUGACAAAUUAAAAAAAUUUGAAGAAAUUAAUAGUUCAUAUCAUGCUGCAACUAAUAAUAUGGAGCAUUUAAAAAAGAUUCAUAAAAACAAAUCAGAACUUUUAUCAACAUUAUCUACUGGUAUUACAUCUACAGGUGAGGCAGAACAAGGGUAUUCUGCACAAUUACACCAUGCACAGGAGGAAUACAAUGAAUUGAAAAUUACUAUUCAAACAUUAGAAAAGAAAAUACAAGGACUUUCAAAAAACCUUUCUAGUAAUGAUCCCAAAUUGAUUCAAGCACAAAAGGAUAAUGAAAAGGAUUUAAUAAAAAUGAAAUCCCAUGAAACUAAGUGUAAUAAAAUAAAGAAAGAAUUAGAUAAUCUUGGUUUUAAUCCCAACAAUAUAAAGAAUAUGAAACAAAGAGAGGUAAAAUUAAAACAAGAUUUACAGAUAUUAUAUAAAAGUACAGAAUAUUUGAAAAGAAAAGUAUCAAAUUUAGAAUUUCAGUACACUAGUCCUAGUGCUAACUUUGACCCUUCUUCUGUGAAAGGUGUUGCUGCUAAAUUAUUUACUCUAAAGGAGCACAAUUUUGAUAGUGCUACUGCAUUACAAGUAUGUGCUGGAGGAAGACUUUACAAUAUAGUUGUAGACAAUGAAAAGACUGCAUCCCAAUUAUUAGAGCAUGGUAGGUUGAAAAAAAGAGUUACCAUUAUUCCUUUAAAUAAAAUUGCUUCUAAAAGAUUAAAUUCUGAAGUAUUAAAGUUUGCAAAGGAGUUAGCACCUGGUAAGGUCGAACUAGCCUUGGAUUUAAUCGGAUAUGAAGAAGAAGUAACUAAAGCUAUGGAGUAUAUUUUUGGGACUAGUCUUAUUUGUAAAGAUGCUGAUACUGCCAAAAAAGUUACAUUCAACCCAAAAGUUAGAACUAAAAGUAUUACAUUAUCAGGUGAUAUAUAUGACCCAGCAGGCACCUUAUCUGGUGGUAGCAAAAGUAAUUCAAGUUCUUUAUUGCUUGAUAUUCAGGAAUAUAAUAAAUCCACUAGAAAUAUUAGAAGAUUAGAAGAUGAAUUAAAUGAAACUUUAUACCAAAUAAAGCAGGAAGAACAAUUAUCAAGAAAUACCAAAGUUCUUCAAACAGAAUUAGAAAUGGAGUUACAUCGUUUAAAAUUAGUUCGAAAUUCACUAGAAACUAAUUCAUCAGCCCAGUUAAUAAAAGAAAAUGAACAAUUAAAGGCAGAAAUUAAAGAAUGCAUAAAAAAUAAGAGUGACGCUGAAAUUCAAAUGUAUACUCUUGAAAAUGAGAUUCAAAAAAUACAGAAGGAUGCAAAAGAGUUUGCUAAUGAUAAGAGUGCAAAAUUAAAAGAAUUAGAAGAUGAAAUACUCCAGACCAAAGAACAGUUACUAAACGAAGAACAAGCAUAUGAGAUUUUAGCAGAAAAUUAUCAAACUUUAGAAUUCCAACUAGAACAAUUGAAGAGUGAUGAAAAACAAACUAAAGAAGAUAUUGAGGAAAACAAACAGUCCUUAGGUAAAUUAGGUCGCGAAAAGGAUGUUUUAAUUCAACAACUUAAUGAACAGCAAGAAAAAUUAGCUGAUGUUCAAAACAAACUUAACAAUGAAAGGGAUAAAUUAUUAAGUAUUGAUGAAAAGUUAAAGGAGAUGGAGUUAGAAAUUAAGAAGACACAUGAUUAUAAAGUUCAAUGUGAGUUGGAUUUUCAAAAGAAUGACCAUAAUCUUUCUAAAUUAAAAGGUAUGAAUGCUAAUGUUAGGGAAAAAUUAGAGACACUUCUUAAAGAUAAUGACUGGUUAAAAGAUGAAAGUCAAGUAAAUUAUAUCAUUGAACAACAUAAGGGAAUAAAUGUUGACGAAUACAGAGAACGUGAACACCAAUUACAAGAAAUGUUUGAUGAAAUGAAAAGGAAAGUCAAUCCAAAUAUUAUGGCAAUGAUAGAGAAUGUCGAAAAGAAAGAAAUUUCUCUUAAGACUAUGAUCAAGACUAUCGAAAAGGACAAGAUCAAAAUUCAGGAGACAAUCACCAAACUUAACGAAUAUAAGAAAGAGGCUUUAGUGACAACUUGGAAGAAGGUUGAUAAAGAUUUUGGUAAUAUUUUUAGUGAUUUGUUACCUAAUUCAUUUGCAAAAUUAGUUUUAUGUGAAGGUAAAGAGAUUAGUGAAGGUCUUGAAAUUAAAGUUAAAUUAGGAAAUAUUUGGAAAGAGAGUCUUGUUGAGUUGUCUGGUGGGCAAAGAUCUUUGAUAGCGUUAUCUUUGAUUAUGGCGUUAUUACAAUUUAGACCUGCGCCUAUGUACAUUUUGGAUGAGGUUGAUGCAGCAUUAGAUUUAAGCCACACCCAAAAUAUUGGUCACUUGAUUAAAACAAGGUUUAAAGGGUCUCAGUUUAUUAUUGUUUCCUUAAAAGAAGGUAUGUUUUCUAAUGCCAAUCGUGUAUUUAGAACAAGAUUUCAAAACGGUACGUCUGUCGUAGGAGUAAUGUAG